AUGGGCGGUACAAGGCUAUCAUCGUAUCUGCCGGUGCUCCUUUGCUGCCUCCUUGUGGCUGUUACAAUAGGUUUGCCCGGCAAUGCCGCUAGAGAAGUCGGGCAAUCAACAGGCGGAGCUCGUGUCAGCUUGCAGCUUGCGAAGAAGAAGCCUGUAAAACCUGGGAAGGGCGAAGUCGAAGCUGAGAUUCAGCCAGAUGACUCCGCAUCUGUCAGAAAAGGAACCGUCAAAAAGAAGCAAACCGUGCACAUAAAGAGGAGCGACCAUGAAGCUUUAUACAAGAAUAUAAAAGCCAAGGUUGACAGCUUCAAUGCUUCGCAUGGAUUAGCGAACAGCUUUGAGCCCAUAACGCUGCGUGACCGUCUCCACUGGUUGGCAUGCUUCGCCGAGCAGUUGGCCGCGGCCAGGCGGUUCCUUACGUCUCUGGAGAAUCUGAUGGAAUACAAUAAAGGAAAAACUCCUGCAACGCUGUUGAAGCUGUUCAAAGACUACUCGGCCACCGUAUACAACCUGAGCAGAACCCUGCUUAUAAGAACGCCGAGUGUCAAGGAUUGCCCCGUGAAAAUAACGGAGAACAACCUGAUCCCCACGUUUAGGCGCGUACAGGACAUGCGGCACGAGUUGCUGGCAGACGCGGCGGACAUGAGGGAGAUGGCUGGCUGGUUGGCGAUAAACUUCAAGGACGUAGACAUCGUGGUUCCGGGCAGCGAGUUUUUCAGAAAUUGGCUGACAACGGCGGGAUACAGGGAAGAACUUUUUAAAUCUAAUAUUAACUUCGCGUUGGUUGCAAAGGCGUUUGAGGAGCUAGCUGGACGUGAAGGUGAAGAGGACUCAGGGUACAUUUCCCAGAUCUUCUCAUACAUCGAGCCUAUAGUGGAAACACCCGCCCCCCCUGUUGAGAAGCAGAGGUCGAAGAAACCUAGCUAG